AUGGUGAAUUCUAGUUUAGCAUAUGAAAUACUUUUAUAUAUUAAUUCGUUCUAUUUUGGACUAUUUGCUACGUGCGAAUUGGGCACAUUAAUAUUAAAAUCUGUAUUGAUCAGUAUAAAAUAUCAAGAUGAACUAGGGCAAGGAGUAGGAAGAAAAUUGGGACAAGAUUAUGGAGUACUAGUGACUCUAUUUAUUAUAGAAGCUGCACGGCUGUUUAUUGGCAGGAAAGGAAGUCUUAGUGAAAGAGAUAUACCAGUAAUGUUUUCAGUAUUACUAACGGUUCCUUCGAUAGUGGGUGUGCUGUAUCUACUUAUUUGGCAAGUAGUUGUUUUAAGAAUUGAGUAUAUCUGGUGCACUCUCAUGUUAUCUCUGCAAACAUUAGAGUUUAUAUUUGCGUCCAUGUUUAUAGUUACAAUGUGUCGGGGGCCUUCAUAUGAC